AUGAAACAAUUGUCAAAUAAGUUUGAUGUUAUGGCUACCCAUAACAGGAUGUUAGAAACCCAGAUCUCCCAAGUAGCCCAACAACAAGCCGCAAUAGAAGGCCCAGCUGGAGCAUUUCCUAGUCAACCUCAACCAAACCCAAAAGGUUAUGCUAAUUCUAACACACUUCGGAGUGGGACAGAACUAGAUGAACCAACUGACCCAAGAAUUCAAAAUCCGGCCAUGUAUCAAAAUUCUGGUAAAGGAUCUGAGAAAGUAAAUGAACCGACCAAGGACAGAAAGAAAGACAAAAGCAGAGAGGCAAUAGAUAAAGAACCACCUUAUGUUCCUCCUCCACCAUACAAACCACAUGUACCUUAUCCCCAAAGGCUUGCCAAAUCCAAAAAUGAAGGACAAUUCAAGAAAUUCGUGGAACUUCUGAAGCAACUGAACAUAACCAUGCCAUUCACAAAAGCCAUUACUCAAAUGUAUUCAUAUGAUAAAUUCCUUAAAGAGAUCCUAUCCAAAAAGAAAAAGCUUGAGGAUGAUGAAACAAUCAUGCUUACUGCAGAAUGCAGCGCUAUUAUUCAAAACAACAUGCCUCAUAAGCUGAAAGACCCUGAUAGUUUUUCCAUACCAUACAUAAUUGGAAAGUUUAUCAUAUACAAAGCUCUAGGUAUGCUAGAGAACAUUCCCGUUCGAAUAGGACAAUUCUAUAUUCUUACCGACUUUGUGAUAAUGGAUAUAAAAGAGGAUUCCCACAUCCCUAUUAUUUUAGGAAGACCCUUUUUAGCCACAGUCGGAGCCAUCAUAGAUGUGAAAAAAGGAAGUCUAACAUUCGAAGUCAGAGAAGAAAAAGUUAAAUUCCUCUUAGCUAAAUUCCUACAAGCACCGGCUAUAGAUGACUCAUGUUGUCUCUUAGACGUCAUAGACAAAUGUGUGAAAGAAAUGGAGAAGGAACCAUUUAAGUAUACUGAAGUACUGAAAAUUCCAACACAUCCUAUAUUCGAAGAUGAUAAUCGGCAUGAGCCAUACGUGGAUGACAGUCUAAGAGAGUGUCUAGCACUAACCCCAAAUCUAAUACCAUGCCUAGAGAAACCUUUAUUAGAACUUAAAACAUUACCUAAAGAUCUAAGGUAUGAAUUCCUAGAUACCGAGCUUGAAAGACCAGUUAUAGUCAAUGCUGACUUACGACAGAUAGAAUCUGAAAAAAUUACUCCAUGUCAUAAGAAAGUAUCCAACAGCUCUAGGCUAUAA